UUCACGGUUAAAUUAACUUGAUUGAUUUUGAUGAAAUUUUAGAACGAAACAUAAGCUGCUACGGGUAGAGAUGCGGGCUUUUGUAGUGCUAGUAUUCUAUAUGUUUUAAAAUUUAUAAUAUUUUUUGAUCAUACUUUAACAAUUAGAUUAAUCUAGUAUUAGUGGACUGAUAAAAUAUUUAGCUCGUUUAAUGCCUAUGUCAAGUACGAACGAGAUGUAAAUAGAAAUAAAAUAAUAUUACCUACUUAUUUUGUUAAUUUUAAACUAUUUUUAAUCUUCAACCAUCUCUGUCCUUUUAUGGUAAACGCCUCAAGAAUUAAAAUCUUCAAAUGGACAAAGGACACCAGAAUCCGCCGAAGGCUCGCGCCAAACUACCUGGCAUUGAAAAAAAUGUUACCGCAACGCCCAUUUAGCAAGGGUCCCAUUACUUCCAAAGACCGUCCCAUUUAUUACUGAACUUUUUGUGUAGCCCUUUUGUCUACGUCAACAUAUAUCUUAAAGGAUACCGCCAGUAACGGCGCAAGGAUAUCCGAACUGACCUAACUAUUAUCUAUAACUAUAUAACGGUCCUUAAUUUACUUUGUUUGUGAUAAUAAAAUGUUGUUGGCGGCUCCUUUGAUUGCAUUUUACAGGUAUUAUUCUCAUAAUACACAUUUAGCACAUUUAUUUUUUCUUACGUUUCUUGUAUGCCAGUGUUUUUCGAAAGUUUUAAUGCUUUCUCUUUUUGCUCAUGGAUAAAAAUAAACUAACGUUUAUGCAAAAUAAAUGCAGCAAUGCACUGGCCGUAUCUGAUUAGACCACGUGCUGCAUGCACAUUAAAAUACUAGACGCAUUAUAAAUAAUAAAUAACUUGUUCGCAUGUCAUGUAGAAUUGUAGAUAUACACGUGUUAUACUGAGACUAAUUAAUUUAUGGUUAGAUUAUGUCCGUUUCGUAGAAUUUAUAAUGUUCGUAUACUUUCUACUGCAAAUAUUAGCUGGAUACAUGACACAUCACUGAAUUGAAGAAAAUCCUAUCUUUAUUUUUCUUUCUCAUCAUUUGAACAUUGAGGUUUGUAUAUUGAGACGCAAAAAAUCGGCUUCUCAAAUUAUUAUUUAACUAUCGUAGAAUUUUAUAUAAUAGCGGCCACCCGCAAUGUUGUCCACGUAUUUUCACUAUAAAAGCCAUGUUACAUACUCAUGAAGUUUUAUAUUUGUCAAAUUUGAUCUAGUAAUUUUUGAAUUUAUUAGUUACUAAUAACAAAAUUCCUCAAAAUAAAAUUAUUAUAAUAUUCCAAGUAUUUAUCUGUAUAAGUAGUACCGACAUUAAUGCAAUGUCAUUGAACUUAGCAAAAUAAAUUAGAAUUAGGCGUUUGAGAAAAUGAAACUUCAUAAUUCUAAAUUGUAAAGUUGAUUGGUGGGCCACACGUGCGCCCUGUAUGAAUGGGCCGCGGGCGGGGUGCGAAGGGCCGGGGAGAGGGGCGAAGGCUUUUUUCAGGCAGUACUCCCGAGUGCGCGGACGCAGACGCGCGUCCGGAGCUUUUAAGCUCGCGUUCAAGCUUUUUCUAAGUUCUGUUUGUGAUUGUUCAGUGAAUUUUUGAGAUCAAUAUGUCUGAUCCGGCGCCGUUGUCGAAGACCGCCAAAUAUAAGAAGAUUACAAAACCUUUGCUGGAGAGGAAGCGGCGCGCGCGCAUCAACCGAUGCCUGGAUGAAUUGAAGGACCUCAUGGUCGGGGCUUUGGAGAUCGAUGACGACAACUUGAGCAAGUUGGAAAAGGCAGAUAUCCUUGAAUUAACCGUUAACCACCUUACUAAGUUGCAUAGCCCUAAGGAUCCAGUUAUAGAAGCGAAGAAAUUUCAAGCCGGCUUCGGACAAUGUGCGGCGGAAGCCUGCCGCUUCAUCAUGUCGGUGCCGGAUUUGGACUCGAAAGUCAGCCAAAACUUGAUCAGCCACUUGUCGAGACUCAUUACCGCGCAACCUUUAACUAUACAAGUACCGGACAGGCCGCCGUUUUCCCCGCCGACGUCGCCCGUCUCCGCGGUCUCCGACCGGCAACACUACUACAGCGACCACGAGAGGUCGUCGUCAGAUGCGGAAGACUCCGUUUACUCAGGCGAAGGGAAUCCUAAACAAUGGGGAUAUCAACGCUCUAAUCCACCGAUGUUGCAUAAAGCAUCCACGCCGAUGGCAGGGCUUCUCACCACCGUUGACAAAAUCCCAACUCAUCAUCACGUCCCUGAACAAAUUCAAGUCAAUGGAAAUAGAAACGCGCCAUACUUCAAUAGGGUCCCAGCUGAAGCUAAGGAUGUGAUUCUCCAAAAGAUCAGACAGCACAUCAUGGACAAACGGGGCAACGAUUACAACGCCGAUAACAAUUCAGGUUCCGAUGAAGCCGAAACUAAAUAUUAUAGACAUGAUGUUUACCGAAGCGAAGCCAAUCAGUAUUCACCGGCAAACGUUCCUAGCAACGACACUUUAGAUCUUAGGAAAUAUAGGUCACCGGCGAAGUCUUCCGAGACGGCGCUCUCGCCCAAAAACAGUGCAUACGUCGCGAAUCAAUUAGAUGCGACUCCUUUGGAGAACAAAACUGAAGCGACGCCCAAUCUUCCGGAACAAUGCGAAUUACCGAUGGAUUACAGCAACUUGCCGCCUAAAAAGAAAAGGAAAUUGAUCGAGUACCAAGAGUACAAAAAACAAGAGGAGGCGAGGCGACAACUGGAGGCUUUUUAUGCUGAGCAAAAACAGCGCGCGGGACCGCCGGCGGACGACGACGCUAAGUGGCGGCCUUGGUGAUCUACCGGCGCCGGCGUCGGAGCUGCGCUCUUUGUGAUAUUCAUAGUCUCUUCCACGACAAAGCUUUAAUUUGUUAUAAUUAACUUAUAUGUAACUGUGUUUCUAUUUGCCUUAUUAUAUAAGUUUUAUACAUGUUAGUAUUCAUAGUCGUCUUUUUGUAGUUUGCUGCUACAAAAAUAACUAUUAGUAAUUAAAAUUUAUUUAUGUGCCAUUUGUUUGAUCUCGAUGUCUUCCUUUUUGAAUAUUCAAAUAUUGGUUAUUACGUAAAUGCUUAUUCCACACACAUGGAAAAAAGCUAAAUGUAUUGCAAAACAAACCAGUUAUAUGAUAUGACGUAUUUUAAUACAUAUAAAAAUGUUAAAUGUAAAUUAAUGGAAAUAAA